ACAGCUCUGGAUGAGCGGUAUUCAGUGAGGGCUGGCAGAGCUGGGCUGCGUGCAGCAUCUGAGCGGAUCGUAUGCUUUGCCUGCGUUUCCUUUUGCGCGCACCCUUCGGACAGCAGCAUGGCAGUCGCAGUGGGAAGACAGACUUCACCCAGUGAUGAUCUCCGGACAUUGUCCCUGUCUGGUCAUGUUGGGUUUGACAGUCUUCCCGAUCAGCUGGUGAACAAAUCCACCUCCCAGGGUUUCUGCUUCAACAUACUCUGCGUCGGUGAAACUGGCAUUGGGAAGUCAACAUUAAUGGAUACGAUAUUCAACACAAAGUUUGAAAGUGAACCCGUGUCUCACAGUGAACCAGGAGUGCGGUUAAAGGCUAGGAGUUACGAGCUUCAGGAGAGCAACGUGCGUCUGAAGUUAACCAUAGUUGAUACCGUGGGGUUUGGUGACCAAAUCAAUAAAGAUGACAGCUACAGGCCAAUUGUUGAGUACAUUGAUGCCCAGUUUGAAGCAUACCUGCAGGAAGAGCUCAAGAUCAAGAGAUCACUCUUCAACUACCAUGACACAAGGAUUCACGCCUGCCUUUAUUUCAUCGCCCCCACGGGGCAUUCACUUAAGUCUCUUGACCUGGUCACCAUGAAGAAGCUUGACAGUAAGGUGAACAUCAUUCCAAUCAUCGCAAAAGCAGACACGAUAGCCAAAAACGAGCUGCACAAGUUCAAAAGCAAAAUAAUGAGCGAGCUUGUCAGCAACGGAGUGCAGAUCUACCAGUUCCCUACAGACGAGGAGACUGUCGCGGAGAUCAAUGCUACAAUGAGCGUUCACCUUCCGUUUGCUGUUGUUGGCAGCACAGAAGAAGUAAAAAUUGGCAACAAAAUGGCUAAAGCCAGACAGUAUCCCUGGGGUAUUGUGCAAGUUGAAAAUGAAAACCACUGUGACUUUGUGAAGCUCCGAGAAAUGCUGAUCAGGGUAAACAUGGAGGAUUUGAGAGAGCAAACUCAUGCUCGCCACUACGAAUUAUACCGACGCUGCAAGCUGGAAGAAAUGGGGUUCAAGGACACCGACCCAGACAGCAAGCCAUUCAGUCUUCAGGAAACCUAUGAGGCCAAAAGGAAUGAAUUCCUUGGCGAACUCCAGAAGAAGGAGGAAGAAAUGAGACAAAUGUUUGUGAUGAGAGUAAAAGAGAAAGAAUCAGAACUUAAAGAAGCCGAAAAGGAACUCCAUGAGAAAUUUGACCUCCUCAAGAGAACUCACCAGGAAGAGAGAAAGAAGCUGGAAGACAAAAAGAAGGAGAUAGAGGAUGAAGUGAGCAUGUUUCAGAAGAAGAAAGCAGCCACACAACUUCUUCAGUCUCAGGCCCAACAAGCUGGUUCUCAACAAACCAAGAAAGACAAGGACAAGAAAAAUGCGAGCUUCACAUAAAGUCUGGCGAGCCGCGGAUGUUCCAGCAUUCACCUGCUUUUUGCAGUAAUGUGUCCCUGCCAUUUUGUGUUCCACGACACAGAUCACUAAUCGCUCACUUACCGCAUCAUGUUUGGCUGCACGCGGAGGGGAAAAACAACUGCGUGCAAUCUGACUUUUUUUGUUGCCGGAAAGCGAAUGUUGCCUGGCCUAGCCUGCUACGAAUGGCAGAAAUGUGCCUUUUUUUACAAUUCUGAUUACUUUUCUGUUGGCUGAUGCUACUCUUGUAUUUCUGGAUCACACCUACAUUUGUUCAUGUUUGGGUUUUUACAAAUACGGGGAUUAUCUGUUCUGUUGCUGAACUGUCCACAUGAUUCUCAACAAGACUUUGGCCAACCAAAGAGCAGAUGAGAGCUAGCUGAGGAUCAUGAAAUAUUAUAUUCAACAACAGUUUUAUAAUUAUGGGGCUGCUGAACACAUGUAUGUGAUUCAUACUGUACUCUUCCAAAAAAAACAUGUAAUAAACAUUGUCAGACUAA